UGUGUAGCAGGAUUAAAUCGGAAGAUGGACAUACACAUAAUUACUACAUACUCUUUGUCGACGGCAACGUCAUCAAGAAGGGCCAGAAACGAGGGUAGUGGUACUAGUUUUGUCACAUCUUCAGGAUCCAAAAGUACAGAAGACGAAGACCCGUCAUUCAGCCAAAAAAAGAUGAAGAUCUUUGUGCUGUCAAAUUUCGAGUUCGACUACAGGGAUCAUCAGGCAAAGCUUACAUCCUGUUCUUCGUACUUACAGUGCUGUAAUUACACAACGGUCAACGUCUGUUCCAGGAAUGUCUGCAUCGCGGCCUUUUGCACGGCCGACCACAAGGACUAUGCUUGGACUUGUCAAAGUUCUCCUUCCAUAUUUUCAUCUUCUAUGCGCCCCGUCAUUUUUUGUUUUUGCGAUAUUGGCUCCGCUACCACUAGCCGCAGAAAAAGAGAAGAAGGCUGAUGUUCAUCUUUCCUCACCCAGCAGCACCGGCGCCCCGCAAUCGACAUCUUCUACCUCCUCCUCAUGUCCCGGCUUUCCAUGUGUGGUUUUCAGAGAGAGACGCAAGCCGCCGCACAACGAUAGUUACGAAGUCGAUUUUUUCGAUGAGGAGAAAGUACCACGCACGUGGAAAAAUGACCACGGCGGCCCGCACGUCCGCACGCCGAUGAAAAUUCAAACCGGAACGGCAAUGAAAUGUGAAGCGGUUCCCGAUGGUUUCACAGACGUACAGAGCAUGCAGUUCGCGAGCAAAAACCGGAAACUCGCGACAUCGGAGAAAAAAUUGUUCAUGUGGGGCGUCCAUGGCUGCAAAAGUCCCAAAGACACAAAGAGAACAACCGGGUGUCACAUUACGAUACCACUCGGGUACGCACCGCAGGAGUUUCAAGAAUUGAUUGUUAUGCUGACCUCGGAUGGUGAUGAUAAUGAUGAUGAAAAAACGAAUGCACGACAAGACAAGGAUGAUGAUACUGAUGAUGAUUUGGACGAUCAUCUGUAACGACGCAUGUUGAAAUAAACUGAGAUUGUGCGGGAGACCGACCACUCGCAGCUUCCACUUCCAAGAUAAUUCUCAUUCUAUUUGCUGCCAGUCUCAAGGCUGCUGUGCUGCCAAU